AUGGCUGCUGCUAUGGAAAUGCUGCACGAAUUGCAGAAGAAAAUCACCUGUAGCAUCUGUAGGAGCUACUUCUCUGAACCAGUCACCGUUGGUUGUGGGCACAGCUUUUGCAGAGCAUGUCUCUCUUGGAGCUGGAGAAUUGGAGCUCCAGCUUUCUGUUGUCCUGAAUACAGGCAAGUGUGCCAGGACAGAGAAUUCCCAGUAGUCAAUGGGCACCUAGCACAGCUGACUGACUUGGGCAAACAGCUCAGCUCCCAACUGUUGCAGAGUACUCAAGGACAGAGCCAGUGUACCAGGCACAAGGAAGUGCUCAAGCUCUUCUGUGAAGAUGACCAGACAUCACUCUGCCUGAGAUGUUUCCAAAGCCCAGAACGUGGGACUCACAUGAUCUCUCCUAAAGAAGAGGCUGCUCACAAUUACAGGGAGAAGCUCCAGAAAAUUUGGAGUUGCUUGGGGAAGUGUUUUGAAGAAGCUAAGAAACUUCUUACUCAGGAGAAAACUGUUCUUGACUGGCACUGGAUGAUUACAGGAGAAUAUAACAAACUGCGCCAUUUCCUGAUAGAGGAAGAACCCCGAUAUCUUGAAAAGAUAAGGCAAGAGCAAAGGGCAAGUCAGGAGAGACUAUCCCAGCACAUGCCAACCCUCGUGCUAGAGCUGCAGGAAGCAGACCAGCAACCCAAUUUAGAUCCGCUGCAGGAUGUCAAGCAGUUGCUGAGAAGGAAUGAGUCAGUGUUGUCCCAAAGGUCCAAGACUGUCAUCCCAGAAUUGAGAGAAUAUCCCACCCCUGGCAUGAUAGAGUUACUCAGUCGAUUCAGAGUGGACAUCACAAUGGAUUCUGUGGCAGCAAGUCCCUGUGUAACUGUUUCUGAGGAUCUGAAGAGUGUGAAAGCUGGAGAAGUCUGGCAGGUAGAGACCAAGCAUCCUAAUGACUUUGCUUGCUAUGCCAUCCUUGCUAAGUAG